CCAAGAUACUACUAGGUACUAGGUUCUACAUACCUAUUAGGGAUGUACCUAGACAGAUCAAUCUUUCCUAGUACUACAACCUACCAUCUACAUCGAAAAAAAACGAAAAAAAGAAAAGGGGAAUUAUAGAAAAUCAUGUCCGAAGAUCAAAAGCCUAUUAAGGGCAAGGGAAAAGAUACUGAGAAGGAGAAGGGGGGUGAGAAGGAAAAGGACAGGGCUGCAAAGAAGCUCCAUAAAGCUAUCGACGGCCUCUCUAAGGAACAAGUGACCCAACUCCUCGACCUCAAUCCCGCACUCGCAAACGAACUCGGCAGCAGAAGCAAUGACGACCCCGAUUCUGCCGCUGAUGCCCUCAAGCGGCUCGGUCUUCAGGAUAUUAUGACCGGACUAGCUUCGAGUGGGAAGAAUGCCAAGGACAUGGGCGCUUACAAAUUCUGGGCUACGCAACCUGUUCCCAAAUUCGGUGAAGAUGGCGAUCUCGCCCAGUCCGUCGAGGAAGGCCCCAUCAGGAUACAGACUGUUGACGAGAUUCCGAAGACACCGGCACCUUUGUUAGAUGGUUUCGAAUGGUCUACUAUAGAUCUGCUAGACGAUAACCAGCUAAAGGAGGUCUGGGAAUUAUUAAACGGACAUUACGUCGAGGAUGACGAAGCAAUGUUCCGCUUUAACUAUUCAACCAGUAUUCUCAAAUGGGCUAUGAUGCCGCCGGGAUGGAGAAAGGAAUGGCAUCGAGGAGUUCGAGCCUCGCAGUCAAGAAAAUUAGUCGGCUUUAUCGCCGCCAUACCGGUCGAAUUGCGCGUUCGGGACAAGGUCCUACAUGCAUCAGAGGUCAAUUUCCUCUGUAUACACAAGAAGCUUCGCUCGAAGCGUCUGGCUCCCGUACUCAUCAAGGAGAUUACGCGCCUGUGCAACUUAGAAGGCGUUUUUCAAGCCAUAUACACUGGCGGAAUUGUCCUUCCAAAGCCCGUUAGUACAUGCAGAUACUACCACCGGGCCAUCAACUGGCAAAAGCUCUACGACGUUAACUUUAGCCCCUUGCCGCCGAAUAGCACACCUCGAUUCCAGAUCAGGAAGUACGCUGUUCCAGAUCGAACCUCGAUCAGCGGACUCAGGGAGAUGCAGAAAAAGGAUAUUGGUGCUGUCCAAGAUCUUCUCACGCGGUACUUGGCCAAGUAUGACUUAGCCGCCGAGUUUGAUAAGCAAGAAGUUGAACAUUGGCUGUUACAUAAUAAGAAGAAUGCUCUAGAGGAACAAGUCGUUUGGACCUACGUCGUUGAGGAUGAGCACAGGAAUAUUACUGACUUUAUCUCAUUCUACUGUCUCGAGUCUUCCGUCAUUGGCAACAACAAACAUUCAAAUGUGAAAGCAGCAUACCUCUUUUACUAUGCUACCGAGACGGGGCUCACCACCUCCGUUGACAAGGAAGCUCUAAAAUCCCGUCUCAACGCUCUAGUCUCAGAUUCAUUGGUAUUUUGCAAGCAGUACCAGUUUGACGUAUAUAACGCCCUUUCGUUAAUGGACAACGGCCUAUUCCUCGAAGAACAAAAGUUCGGACCGGGUGACGGACAACUACAUUAUUAUCUAUUCAACUACCGGGCGAAUCCGAUAGCAGGCGGUGUUGAUAAGAGAAACCGCCUAGAUGUAGGGGCGUUAAGUGGCGUUGGGAAGACGCAAAUUUGACCUUAUGUGGGUACAUUCAGCGGAACGGAUGUUACGGCAUAAGGCCUUUUAGUAGAUAGGUAUUUGUAGGCAGGCGGCAUGUGCUUCAUGGCGGAUUCUUGGAAGGGGGGCGGGGGACAAAGUCCUCCAUCCCAGGGGCUCGCUAGCUAGACCGACUUACCAUGGCCAGGCAUUGCAUGAUUCCAUAUGGAAUUCUCCGUGGCGGAUCUACAGGGACGC